AUGUCCCUUCAAAUGCUGCAUCUCCCGCCUCCUAUUGUCUUGUGUAGUGGAGUUGUAAACCUCAGCAACCUUGGACCGCCGGAGGGGCUGCCGUGCCCGCGGUGCGAGUCGACGAACACCAAGUUCUGCUACUACAACAACUACAACCUGGCGCAGCCGCGGCACUUCUGCAAGGGCUGCCGCCGCUACUGGACCCGCGGCGGCGCGCUCCGCAACGUCCCCGUCGGCGGCGGCACGCGGAAGGCCACCCCGGCCUGCGCCAGCCGCCGCAAGCGCGCGGGCGCCGGCGCCGGCGCCACGCACGCUCCUCCUACUCCUACUCCUACUCCUACUCCUCCUCCUCCUCCUCCGGUGCAGCAGGCGCCGGCUCCGGCGCCGGCGGGGCACGUCUCGGUGUCCGCCGCGCUGCCGCUGCCGCUCCUGCCGCCGGCGCCGUACGAGCUGCCGUUCCUGGCGACCCCGCUGCCCCUGACGUCCAUGGACCCCGACCGCCGGCUGCUCGACCUCGGCGGCAGCUUCACCUCGCUGCUCGCGCCCACGCCGGCGCCCCUCCCCGGCGGCCACUUCACCACCACCGGCUUCCUCUUAGGCAUGGCGCCGCCGGCUCCUUCUCCUGCGCCGCCCGCACACCCGCCGCCGACGCACCCACACCCGCCGGUGUCGCAGGCGGUGCCGGAGGGCAUCUGGGCCAUGGGGUGGCCGCACCUCUCCAUCUAGCUCGUCGCCAUCGCCCGCCAUUGGCAGCAGCAACUCGCCACUAAUCUACACAUCGCUCGAGUUUCAUCUGUUGUUCCUAGUUGCACCAAAGUUAUCUUUUUUUUGAGAGCUACUAGCUUCCAAGCACGCGGCCAGUAGAAGAAGUCAUUACUAGCGUAGUGUUAAUCACCUAGGUUAAUUCAGUAAGCAAAACGGUUAGGAGAGUUACUACUACUCGACGAUG